AAUGGGAGAGAGCUCGGGAGUUCCCAGUAGAUGAGGAUAAUGGCGCGUGUGGGAGCAGCGCUUCUCGUGCCACUCCCCACCUCCAAUCAUCCCCCUUCCGUCCGCCCUCCCACCUCCAAAACCUUCCCUCCUCACACCGCUUUCUUUAGCAGCACAAAUGCCGAGAGACCCACCUGGGCCGCUACGCUCUCGUCUGCGCGGCGGGGAAGGGGAAACGGCCUCUCCGGCGCCGCCUCGGGGCGCCGACGCGGGGGGAAGAGGGAGCCGGGCGGUGUCUCCGACGACGGCGAGGAUGGGUCGGACGAGGACGACGACGGGGAUGAGCCGCUGAUGCCCUUGGAGGAGAUGGCGCGGUGGCUGGAGAACAAACCGGCCGGGUUCGGGGAAGGGAAGACGUACGAUACCACGCUCGAGGAGCAGCUCUUGGAAGAGACGGAGAGGAGCAGGAAAGCCCAGCUUGCCAACAUCAAUAAGCUCAAGAACGAAGCCAAGAGCGCGGCCUCCGCCCGGCCAAAGAAGCAAGAGCCGCGGCGUAAAGGUAGGAUGGAGCCACGGCUCUGCUCUGAUUCCAAGCUCAUUGGUUGCUUAUUUAUGCAUCAGUAAUGCUUUCUUUGAGAUGUUAAUUCUGCCC